AGUCACGUAGGCCAUAUAAGAAUACUGCGCGCGUGUUGAUUGUUAUUUAAAAGUAACCUGCUGAUUUAUUUAUAAAAUUAAAUUUUUAUCUUGUGUGAUGUGUGUUUUAUAAAUGAUCAAAUGGAAGAGUUUGCUCUAAAUCCAGGUGUAGUUGUAGUCCGAGCAAAGCCCGAAGGGCAAAGAAAAACUUUCAAACCUAAUAUACGAUCAGUAAAUAAAAUUCCUGAUGAAUUGUUGAAGAACCCUUUGUUGAACAUAGCGUGUGAAUCAUUACCACAAAACUAUAACUUUGAAGUUCACAAGACGAUAUGGAGGAUACAGUCCCUGAAUGCGAAAAGAGUGGCGUUACAAAUGCCAGAAGGUCUCACAAUGUUCGCAACAACGCUAUGCGAUAUUAUAGAGGCUUUUACGAAUGCGGACACUGUGAUAAUGGGCGACGUGACCUACGGAGCAUGCUGCAUAGAUGACUACACUGCAAUAGCACUUGGCGUCGAUCUACUCGUGCACUAUGGACACUCCUGCCUGAUACCCAUAGAUCAAACUAGUGAUGUCAAGGUGCUUUAUAUAUUUGUUGAUAUCAAAAUAGAUCCCUCUCACUUUGUAGAAACAAUUAAACUAAAUUUUCCUAUAAGAACACACCUAGCAUUAGUUAGUACAAUACAGUUUGUGACGACUCUACAUUCUGUUGCUAAAAACCUUCGAAGUGAAGAGUAUAUAGUUACUGUUCCACAGUGCAAGCCUCUGUCACCUGGUGAAAUAUUAGGUUGCACUGCACCCAAAUUAAAUAGUGAUGUUAUAAUAUAUUUAGGUGAUGGUAGGUUUCACUUAGAGUCUAUCAUGAUAGCUAAUCCAAAUAUACCUGCCUACAAGUAUGACCCCUAUGAUAAGAAGUUUACAUCAGAGUUAUAUGAACAUGAACUUAUGCAAACUAAUAGACAGAAUCAGAUUAAAAUAGCAGAGGAGUCAGGUAGCUUUGGUCUUAUAUUGGGCACCCUCGGUAGGCAAGGGAGCACUAAAGUACUAAGCAACUUAGAGAAACAAAUUCAAAAUUCAAAUAGGAAAUAUGUGAAAAUAUUACUAUCAGAGAUUUUUCCCAGUAAGUUGUCUUUAUUUAAAUUAGAUGCUUUCGUUCAAGUUGCUUGCCCUCGCUUAUCAAUUGACUGGGGUACAGCAUUUUCUAAGCCAUUGCUGACUCCAUAUGAAUUUUCUGUUACAUUGGGUAAUAGUAAAUGGCUCAUGAGAGAUGGCACAUAUCCUAUGGAUUUCUAUUCAAAUGAUAGCCUUGGACCAUGGACGCCUAAUUAUAAACCUCUUCUCUGUUCGGGUACAGAUAAAAAAUGUGAUAACUGUUGUGGUGGCAAAGGAAAAGACAUUUUAAGUAAAUAAUAUCUUAAAUUCCAACAACUACUAAGGAAUACAAAAUAUGGCAAAUCUCAUAUAAGUUGUAGUAGCAUAUUUAUAUUAAUUUCUUUCUAGCAUUUUGACUGAUCUUAUCAUAAUUUGGCACAUUAAUGCCAUAGUUAAUUAUGUUGAAAUAAUAAAAUAGCAACUGCUUGCAACAUGUAAGAAAAUUUUAUAGCCAGACCUUGUUAUACCAAUUAACAUUGUAUUAAUAAGU